GGCCGGGCGCCUCCUCGCAACUCCCCGCGGGCGCCGAGCGGCUUUGCCAUUGGCGGCGUCCGCGUCGUGCGCUCCGUGGGUUGGCUGAAGGGAUGGUCUUGGGGGCGCUCCUGGCCACAGUGCUUACGUACGGAUUCUCCGGGAGGUGGAUAUGGAGUCUGAAGAAGGUUCCCGAUCAAGGGUGAUGCCAAGGCCACACGUGGUUUAAAUCCGCGCCCUGCUGUCUUUGAGCUCUCUGCAAGGAUCCGGGUUUCUUCGGAUGAUGCCGGGGGACGGAAUGCUUCUGGGUCUUGAGGGAGACCUCUAUAAAGACUUGUCUUUUCCAGCCAAGGACGAGUCACUCUUUUUUAACUACUCCACUCCGCUGGCCCAGUUCAGAGGAGAGAUUUGUUGGCUGAGGCCUCAGGAGAUUUGUUCAAAUCCUCGCCUGUUUUCAGACAAUCAGUAUGAAUGGCAAGUCAAGCAAGGCAUGCUGGGAGACUGCUGGUUCCUGUGCGCUUGUGCGGCUCUGCAGAAGAGUAAAUACCUCUUAGCCAAGGUGAUCCCUCCAGGCCAGCCCAGUUGGAGAGAUGAGACAUACCGGGGCUGUUUCACUUGUCGGAUCUGGCAGUUUGGACACUGGGUGGAAGUCACCAUCGACGACCGUCUCCCUUGCCUGGGGGGCAAACUUUGCUUCUCGCAAUGCCAGACGGAAGAUGUGUUCUGGCUCCCCUUGCUGGAAAAGGCCUACGCCAAGGUGCACGGGUCGUAUGAGCAGCUGUGGGCUGGCCAGGUGGCUGAUGCUCUGGUGGAUCUGACGGGAGGCCUGGCGGAGCGAUGGGCCCUCAAAGACCCUGGGCGGGGCACCGAAAGAGAGAGGGCAAGCAAAGUCCUGGAGAAAGCGGUCUUCAGGAGGCUGAUGAACUUGAAGGAAAAGUGUUUCAUGAGCUGUUCUGUCUUCAGUUCCCGGCAGGAAGGACAUCAUCUUGCUUUCACCCAGUUCGCAGCCUGGGGCUGCUGGAAGGGGCCCUGGAGGGAGGGUGGUCCUGGCUGGAGCCAGUUGGACCCAGUGGUAGCUGCAGAACUUCUGUCGCAGAUCCAGGAAGGAGAAUUCUGGGUGGAAGAGGAGGAGUUUUUUGCCGAAUUUGACGAGAUUAUAACCGGCUAUCCGAUCACGGAAGAGGGACAGCUCCAGAGCCUUUAUACAGACAGAGUGCUAAACCACACACAGAAGCUGUACGGUUCGUGGGUGAGGGGACAGUCUGCCGGUGGGUGCCGUAACAACAGCACCUUCCCUACGAACCCCAAGUUCUGGCUGAGGGUGUGCGAGCCGAGCGAGGUGUGCAUAGCCCUCCUGCAGAAGCAUCGGAAAUAUAGCACCGACUGGGCCGGACGGAUUCGAAACUGGCCUCGCUUGGUGGAAGCCGAUCCGUUUGUGGCUGACGGAAUCCGAGGGAAGAAUUAUCACGCGGUGGGACUGCAUAUCUGGAAGAUUGAAAAGAAAAAGUUCAACCUGCCGAGGACCCUCUCCGCGCCCCCAAUUUCCGGCACCGUUUGCCAUUCGUACAACCGGGAAGUUCACCUCCAUUGCGACCUGUCCCCGGGCUAUUACCUGGUCAUUCCCAGCACUUUCCUGAACGAUGCCGAGGGGAACUUCCUGCUCCGAGUCUUCUCCAGCGGGAGAAUCUCCUUGAGUGAGAUCAAACAGUUAUCCCCUGACAAUGUUGCCCGCGAAGAGCUCCCAGGAGGCGAAUGGGAGACAGCUGUGAUGGAAGGGUGUUGGAGGAAAGGGCAAAACGCUGGGGGCAGCCGGAACUUCCCUUCAUUCCACACCAACCCCGCCUUUCCCCUCUCCGUCACGGGACAGAGCAGCGUGAAAGUCUCUCUCCGUCAACACUGCCCGGACAACAAGUGCCGCCCGAUUGGGUUUCAUAUCUUCCAGGUCCCCAGCGAUAACAACAACAUGAAAAUGCCACUGUCAUCUUGCCUGCAGUCGGAGCCGGUGGUGAACUGCGUCCCUCACUCCUACUCUCAGGAAGUCGGCCAGGUGUGCCGGCUCGCUUCGGGGAACUACGCCAUCGUUCCAUCGACGUACCUGCCCGAUACGGAAGGCCGUUUCACCUUGAUUGUAGCAACCCAAAUAGACAGGAAAAGCAUUCAGAUCCAAGAGACUUUGGGGCAAAGGCUGGAAGAGGUCUCCUUUAAAGCGGUCAUGAAAAUGUAAUUUUGGCAUCAGCAUCGGGGAAAAUGGUGAUACACCUCAGGAACGGCCUAGUUGUCUUCAAUUUGAACUGCAAUAAUCCAAGGAUAGGUUUAGCUGAGAGGUUUCUUGGGUAUAUCAGCAUUCCGACCUUAUUUAAUCUCUUUCUUUCUUUCUCUGUCUGUCUGUCUGUCUGCCGUCUCUCUCUCUCUCUCUCUCUCUCUCUCUCUCUAACGAGAACCCGACACAAAUCACACCUCAAUUUUGUAGCAUUCCCGCAUGGACUUCGGCCUCCCUUGAAUUCUCUUGCAGCGUUGUACAGACUUAAUUCCGUCCGUUUCGGUCUCUUUCUCCUUGAACCUCACAUCCUCAGUAUCCGUAGAAAGAUACACCGUGUCUGUGCCGUGUUCAGAUUGGUCUUUAAUUCAGUGGCAGUAACACUUUGGCCUGUGUGUUGUGUACGUGUGCAUGUAUACAUAGCAAAAAAAAAAAUUGGCAAAUGAAGUAUCGGAGGCUGACAGUGUGAAAAAGAGGCCUGGGUGGAAGCAAACAAUGUGACCGUUGUUUCAGGAAGAAAAUACUGUUUUUUAAAAAAUGAAAUAUGCAAUAGCCGGAUAUGUUUCCCACUUUCUACCCACUCGCACAAGAUUCCAUUUGGAUGUGCUUGAAAACAUGUGACCCAGCAAACGGACCGUAGCUCACCAGCUAUGUAAUGCGGCUUAUCGGAUUUUUGCCAAGAAGGUGGCAGGAACAGACAAACUUAAACUUGGGGUAAGGUUGGGGGAACCAGUCGGGGUUCGUGGACAGCUCGGUUUGAGGCCACGCGCCACACCUAAUUUGGAGCAAUCUCCUCAUCUGCUUCAUGCUAGAACUUUGCCCCCGGUCCUCUUAUGUUCAGUUUUUCCUCUGGAGUUGGCAAGGGCCAGUGUUCCCUGUAAACCGUGCCGCUGUGUGGCCACCAUAUUUGUGCCGCAUAGCUAAGGAGCCGCCUGGCAGGGGAUCCUAGGUCUGUGACGUUCCACGCAGCCCUGGGGAAGGAUUAGAGGGGCUGUUGGCAAAGGGGGAUUCUUCCAGAUGUAUUCAGUAGAGCAGUCCCGGAUGUUAUCACCCUCCCAAAAUCUCUUCCCGCCUCCUGCUUUUCCCAGGUUGGAUUUCUUUAUGGCAUUCGCUCCUCUGGUCCCUGUUGACCUGCCACCCCCCCUUCUCUAUUUCUAUUAUUUCUCUUUGUUGCAUUAACGCAUUCACCAGGCUCUCGUAGGGUAGGGACAGUGGCUUCAGGAUGUCUCACCCUAGACAGCCAUCUUUGCGUCCCCGUCAUCAAAACUGCUCUUACAGCACAAAAGGGCUGAGGCAUUGUGGGAUAUUUAUUUAUUUAAAUUAUGGAAUGUGUAUGUUGGGGAAAGAAUUUUCUUGGUGCACUUGUUUCAGGAGGACCUAGGACAGGGGUGGCGAACCGUUGGCACUCCAGAUGUUAUGGACUAUAAUUCCCAUCAGCCCCUGUCAGCAUGGCCAGCCAUGCUGGCAGGGGCUGAUGGGAAUUGUAGUCCAUAACAUCUGGAGUGCCAAAGGUUCGCCACCACAGACCUAGGAUGUAGGUGGGCGAAAACAAUCUCUGGGGGAAAUGUUGCGCGGGGGGUGGAGGUUGCCUCCCUAAGAAUGGGAGAAAUUAUAGUAUCAACCGAUUUCCCGCCCCCCCUCCUUCCUUUGUAAAGCAUUUCUUAAGUGAGAUUUUAAAAACGCUGUAUUUUUCUUUUAAUAACCGAAGUGGUUGUUCAAAUGUCUUUUGGAAAAUAAAAAGAAACCCAAAAUGUUGUA